GUCAUUGUUAGUUGUGAUAGUAUUGUGUAUCGAUAUUAUAAUCCACCAACCUCUAGAAAAAAAUGUAAACAAAUAUUUUCUAAACUAUAUUUCUUUAAAACUAAUAAAAAUAUAGUAAAAAGUAAGAAUGGAAAACUGUGUUGAUUCUAUAGUUGUGAGCUCUCGACGAAAAAGUACCGCAUGGACCCGUGACAAAAUUGCCAGUUUGAUUGACCUUUAUCGUCAGCAUGACUGCUUGUGGAACCACUAUAUUGAAGCAUACAAAAAUAAAGAAAAAAGGACGAAAGCUAUCGCUGAUAUUUGCAGGAUCUUACACAUAUCAAAGUUGGAGUUUGGAAAAAAAAUCCACAACUUACGAAAUCAAUUCAAUUCUGAGAUGAAAAAACUUGGUAGGAGAGUUGAGGAAACGGGAGACGACACGGAGUCAGCUGCAGAAGGAUGUCGUUGGAAACAUUUUCAAUCACUUAGAUUCCUUCAAGAUGUAAUUGAACCUCGCCCAGGGGGUUAUCAAACUAAAGUUAGGAAACUAAGCUCUCAUUCGAAAUAUGAUAACAUAAGUGAAGAGGAAACAGAAAAACUUAACUGCAAAACUUCUAAAGUACGCAAAAGUAAUGUGGUAAUUGAGCAAAUAACAGAGUAUCAAUUUGAUGAUACCAAUCUUGUUGAUAAUUCUCCAGCAAUUGCUGAGCAUUUGCCCGUCAACGAAUCCAUAAAUUUUCAUGAACAAAGAAAUGAAAAUAUAAUUUCAACGCUGGUUGCUGGAAACGAAUCGAACAAUUUUCUCACUUCUCCACAAUUAAAUCAAAGUCUGAAAAAUGUAAAUCAUGCAGACAUAAAUAUAAUUUUAGACCAAAAGUCUGAUUUGCAACUAAAACCUCAAAAUCAAGAGGAACUCGUAGAAGAAACACUAACUGGCCAAAAAAGUUGCUGCUGUCUUAAUUCCAGUGUAGAACAAUUGCACAAACAAUUAGAUAUUAGAUCUAAACAAAACAACGAAAAAUGUAUGGCCAUGAGGCCAAGAGAUGAGUGGGACGCAUUUGGUGAAUUGAUUGCCACUGAAUUUCGCCAACUCAAUUCAGAUAGUUCAAGAAAAAAGCUUAAACGAAAAAUUAUGCAAGCUAUGCUAGAAAUUGGUGAAGAAGAUGAUUCUACAGCAGCAUAAAAUUAUACAAUAUUCCAAUGUUGUAAAAUUAUAAUGCAUUUGUAAAUAUAACUGUUAAAUAAAUAUUGUCUCUAAAAUCUCUAAAUAA